UGUAACCCACUAACAAGAUGGCGUCUGGCAAAUCGAUGUUUCCUUGAUCAUUUCACCAAUUUGCAGCCCAAAGAAACCGUUUGUCGUUAUUCAAGGGGAUAAACAGGCGACUGGUAUAGGAAGCUAAAGAACUAUGGCUGCUYUAGGUCGUAAGAAUCAGUUCAAAGUUGUAUUAUUAGGUGAGGGUUGUGUGGGCAAGACGUCUUUGAUGCUUCGAUAUGUCCAGGACAAGUUUAACGACAAGCACCUUACGACUUUACAGGCAUCAUUUUUGAAUAAAAGAUUGAAUAUACAAGGACAAAGAGUAAAUUUAGCAAUUUGGGACACAGCUGGUCAAGAAKGAUUUCAUGCUCUUGGCCCAAUUUAUUAUAGAGACAGCAAUGGUGCCAUAUUGGUAUAUGAUAUUACAGAUGAGGAUUCAUUUUUUAAGGUUAAAAACUGGGUGAAAGAGCUCAAGAAAAUGUUAGGUGAUGAUAUUUGCUUAUGCAUAGCAGGAAAUAAAAUAGAUUUGGAAAAAGACAGACAUGUUGAGGCAUCWGAGGCUGAGGCUUAUGCUAAGACAGUAGGAGCACAACACUUUCACACUUCAGCAAAACUAAACAAAGGAAUAGAAGAAAUGUUUUUUGAAUUAGCAAAACAAAUGGUUGAACAGCAAGACAAAUUGGAUUCCAAGAAUCCACCAACUUCAUCACAAGAUAGAGGAGGCAACAGAGGAAGAAAAAAUGUUGUAAUUGUUGAUGAACAGCCACAAAAUCAGAAGAGUAGUGGAUGCUGUUGAUCUAUAUGAAUGUUAAUGGUAAUGAUUUCAAUGUAUCUUAGUCACAGUAGCACAGGUUCUAAUUCAUUGGCCUAGGUAUGGUCUAAAAUACAAGAACAAAAUAAAGUAAGGACAGGAGAUAAAAUUUUAGUGUUAAAUAGUAUCAAGAGUUUUUCUGUAUCKUGAAAAAUAACGGAGUUGUUUUUAUUCGACUGUGUAAGACUAGUUYGACAGAAAUAAUAAUUGUUGGUAUKACACUCUAAAGUUAUAGUAUUCUUUUGUUUUUUAKCAACAUAUGCUUGCUAAAUAGUCAUUUUCAUUGCACAGUCUAAUGAAAGGCACUCUACUAGGUUACAAUAAUGUCUUUCAUCUACAGUAUAUUACACAGGAUUUGUUAGUUCUGUGCUKUAAUAAUAGCAUGAGGUGCAAUGUUGAACAUUUUCUAAAACAGGCAUUGUAGUUUAUCCUUGUCAACACCAGUGAUAUAGGAAAAUAGUUACAAAUUAUUACAAAAACCUAUCUUUAUCUAGUCUCAUUACACUUCUACACCUCAGUGGUCACUCUAUAACAAUUCCUGUACUUAUAUACUUUACACACAUAUCACUUCAUUGAACAUUGAAUAAUAGAUUUGUAAGUGGGGCUGUGAGGAUAGACUUUAGUCUAAUGAAAACUGCUCCAACAGCACUGUUACUCCAAGCAGAUAAUAAUACCCAUUCUUUAUAUAACCAGGCCCAGACUACUUGCCAAAAUGUUGUCCACAAGAUACAUUUAAACAWGUUUUGUGGACAACAGUGCUGUGCAUGUACUCAAGCAGACAUGGAAAGACUUGCUGUGCCAUUAAUUUUUUUUGAAAUCAUAGAUUUUAAUAUUAUAACUCUGCCAUUGUUAAAAUCAAUAKAAAUUUAAUAUGGCAUUAUAUAUUGUAAACAUAGGUACUGUCAGUUGUAUUAAAUAAAACAAAUGUUUGGAAGAAA